CUCUAAUCUCGCCACGAUUCAUUCCGCAGAUGACCUGGUUGCCAGCGGCUGUUUGUGCUUUUCCAUGAUUUUAUUCGCCAUUUAAGACCUAUUAAACUCGUGUUACACUACGCGAGCCCUCUUUUCGUCUACAUCCGAGUUAGCAUUUGUCCUGCUGCCCCAGAUUUCAAGCAUCCAUCACGACAGAUAACUUCACUAAGAGUCACGAUGGGAAAAGAAUCCAACAGCACCCCUGGGAGAGACCACUUAAAUCCUCAAAACAAUUUUCCACAGCCAUUUUUACGAGAGACGGAUGUAUCUGAGCGAGAAGUUGGGGCUAGCGAUCAAAACCAAGCCAACGAAUCCACUAAAGAGGAGCCAGAGCCACAUCAAGCAGGACUCUCGAGUCGAACCAAGACCCACUACCUUCGAGACUCGUGGUUCUGGGAAGCUGUGAGCCUGCUUUCCGGUUUUGUAUGCCUCUUCGCCAUCAUUAUUCUCUUGAAACAAUUCGACGGGAUGGCGCUCUCCAGUUGGGGCUUCUACUUUCAACUUAACACGGUCAUAUCGGUCCUAAUCUUUGUAGUCAAAUCUUGCAUACUAAUCUCAGUUGCCGAAUGCAUAAGCCAACUAAAAUGGCAACACUUUGUUGCGAAGAAAAGAGCACUUGCACACCUCGAAGUAUUUGACCAAGCGAGUAGGGGCGUUUUAGGUUCUCUUAAUCUCAUAUGGAACAUCGGAAUGCAAGCACCUGUUGCACUUCUCGGAGCAGUAGUCACAAUUGCAGCUCUCUUGAUGGAUCCACUAGCCCAACAACUUGUGCUCUAUGAAACCACCGAACGUGUUAGUGGAGAACACGCUAAAAUGCCGAUCUCCAAUGUCUACGAUGCGAUUGAAAUAUGGGAGCGAAAUGGAAGUUAUAUUCCUCUCUCAGACACAGCAAUGGAGGGCGCAUUUUAUGCAGGACUUUUCAACACCAAUGAAUCUCCGCGUUUCCACUGUCCAUCUGGCAAUUGCGCGUGGGAAGACUUCUAUUCUCUCGGCGUUUGUAGCUCUUGUGCGACCGUGACGCGCUCACGCACCUUUAGUCUACGGAACUGCACCGAAGAAGAGGCGAGGAGCACUGACACUUGCAUUGUGCGGAAUUACCAUAUGCCGAGCAAUUUAACACUGGACAUCAUCUUCCAGACACGCACUAAUUCUCUUGGGAAUAACUUGAUUGUCACACAAGUAGCUGGGGCAGCAGCAACAGGUAUCGGCGGCAACUGGCUCUUUGCACACCGUGGCAGACCGUGGGAACACCUUGAUAAUAUUUUCUAUACUGCAGAUGUCCUCGCAGUAUUUGCUGUAGCUCGGCUGCCGUUCAAUAUCGACUGGGACUUGGAAAGAGCUCUGGCGGACAGCGAGACAUUGAUUGACAUCACAGAUUGUCAACUAAGGUGGUGUCUGAAGAAGUAUCAACAUGUCGAAGUUAAAAACGGUACAUUAUCCAAAUUUACCACGCAAGAGACUCCUUUAGUCCACUUUGACGGAGGCCAGACCUUUACUGCCAAUAUUUCCGCCCAGGAAGUCUAUCCAUUUGAUAGUAAUGAAGUGACAGUCAUGGGUCGCAAUAUUGUCGCUCUCGAGAAGAUCAUCACUAGGUACAUGAACUUCCACUUGGCCUCGAACGGCGGUAACAUGUAUCCGUACAAUUGGAGUCCUGCGCAAAUGUUUUGGGAGUCUAAUAAUCACUCUGGAGUUGUGGAGAACAUCGCCGCCAGUAUGACUGACCGCAUCCGUGUCAACUCGAGGGAUAUUCCAAUGUACGCUAAUGGCCAAGUCUUUCGGCCAGUCACACUUAUCAGAGUUAAAUGGCUUUGGCUUAUCCUUCCGAUCGCCCUCGUUACCCUCACGGCAGCAUUAUUGGCUCGCGCUUUAAUAUGCAUUCCGGUGGCUCCUCUGUGGAAAUCGCGACUGCUUCCUUUAUUCUUUCGUGACUUGGAAAGUGAAGAGGAACUCUUACGGGGCGUUAAGGGAAAGGGCAAAAUAGAGGAAGCUGCGAGCCAAAUGCAUAUAAGACUGGAAAAGAGAGAGGGAGGGGCGAGCUUCAUUUGUUAUAAGAAACAAGAUUGAAAAAUAGAGGUAUCAAAUAUGUGCCGUUUGGAAUGAUACUUAGUCAAUCCAGAAUCGGAGUAACUUUCCACGGCUCCAAGGUUGGAAAAGGUCCACGCCAAUGCACAUGUGCGGCAGAGACUGGGAGAUGACAUGGCGGUAGCACUGCAAGCGGCACUUAGACUUCAAGAUAAUGUUUCCUUUCAAUAAGCUCAACUGUUUACCGGACACUUUAAAGUUCAUAGUUCGAAAUGGAGCAAGGACGACGUCGUGGCAAGACAAAGUGUACAUGCACCCUAGAGGCAUUCUGUCUAUUUGGACGAGGCCGCUGUUACACUCGUAGGCCCGCG